CAGAAUAGUUUGGUCCAGUAUAUAAACUAGUAUUCAGAAUUAGAUAUCUCGGGUACUACUGUGUAACAAGAAUAUUAGCAGUCCCAGAAAUUUGUAAAUAUUUAAGACUGACUAUCUCCAUACAACACCGAGUUUCUUGCGUUCCUUUUUACUAUUUCCCUAUUUUAGUUUUAGACGUUUAAACAUGCCACCUACUGCAAUUUUAUAAUUUCUAAACGUAAAAUUCGACUGUCCUGGUUGCUGACAUAUACACAAAAAACAAAUCAAAGCGUAAUAAUAGCAUUUUUUAUACAAUAGAACUACCAAACCGCACACAUCUUUCAGAUUAAGUUCCGUCCGUUACGUUUUUUAAAUUCGCUUUUAGCGAUGCGACCGAUUGACACUCGCAAAUUCCAUAAUUUGACUAAGUAUACAGUAAAUGACGUCAUAGGAUCGACGUUUGUGAGGCGGGAUAAACCUAGGAUAGACAGGGAGAGAUCUGCACUGGAACUAGGCCGGUGCACGGUGCCCGCUGCCGUCUGCUAAAAACUUAAAUCUCUCCGAGGGAAAGUACACGACGUAUAUCUCUACGACGCCGAAUAGGCAGCCAUUUGAGUUGGGAAAGAUGAAAUGUGGUAAAAUUUACAUAGGCCAAAAAUGUAUCUGAUGCAAACAUUUUGCAAACGAAAUCUACUUUUGUGACUAUAUAUGCGGUCAAAGAGUCCAAUUUUAUGUUUUGAAAUUAUAAAUAAAUAGCAGUUACGUGGCAGUUUUCAUACGAAUAUAAUUAAAGUAUAAAAAUAAUAUUGAAUGGCAAUCUAUAAUAUUGACGAUUAUCGGGGCGUUGUUUGGGGGCUGUCAGUCUUUUUUAUUUUUUAUUUACUAGACUUAGCAAUCUUCGUGUUCGUAGGAAACACGAGUGCGUAUUAUUUUUAGGUGGGAGUGGGAGUAGGACAGAGACAGAAUGAACAGAUUACCCUGGUUACACAUUGAUUUGUGUUUAUUGAGAGUUCAUACAUUUGCUACUCUAAUAUACACUUGCAAUAAACACUACUUAAUCAAUGUGUAAACAUGCCGCACUCUGAAAGCCAGCCGCAAUAAUCCCGCAACCAUCCUUAACGUUACCCAUUUAUGUUACUAGGAAAAUAAUAAAUAGUAACUGUAAUUAAAACUAAAAUGAAUAUAAGACCAAUAUGUACAAAAGAAAUGGAAUUAAUGAAAUGAAAUGAACUAAUUUCGGUUCUUAUUUUAUGAUGUAAAAUUGUACCGGAAUGACAGAACCCGGCAUGUAUGUAUAACUGAAACCGUCUCAGGCUCUUUUCUAAUUUUGAAUACCACUUGUAGUAAAUAAGUAGUGCAAAGUAGAUCUGUGAUACUUUAUUUAUAAGUGUAAGAGCGAAUGUGAGAAGCCGCAAGAAUAAAAAAAAAUAAGCAAACAAAAUGUUAUUAUUAUUCCCCAGUUGUACAUUGGUGUAAUGUUAGGUUAGGUUAGAUGAUAGGUAAUGUAAAAUCUACAAAUGAGUACAAGCAACUACAAACAAAGGGACAAUUAGUAAACUUUAAGACAAAGGUAGACGAUUGCCCCGAAUUUUUUAAAUUAAGUAUUAUAAGAGUUAGGAGCAUUACAAAGUAUGGAAUUAAAUAAAAAUGGUGUGUCAUGGAACUCUCGCUUGGAACGAAGUUACGAAAGGGCGGUGACGUGUUUAUGUUUAUUGUUAUGCUUUGCUAUACGUAUGUUAUGUUAUAAUAUCCUGAUCCUCAUUUUCAUUCUCCUUCUUUCUCAUUUUGUCGUGACGAGUUUUCGUGAUGACAAAAUCUUACACGUUUUUUCGUCUAACUGGCUGGAGAACCACACACACACACACACAGGACUGCCAGGGAAUUAGAGGGGGACAAAAGGUAUUAGGAAUGCCGCGCGGAACUUACAAAAGAAGAAAUGGUCAUUGCGUGGGUAUUUAUCUUUAUUAUCUCAUUGACUCUGAAAAUAUACUUCUGUUUAAAAUUUUUGCUUGUCAAAUUCCUCGCAAUAUCACAGGGUAAGAAUAUAUAACUGAAAAUAAAUGAAAGUUUUUUUUUCUAUUGAGCCAACUUAAACCUUUUAAGGUUUUGAUUGAAGUUUGCCCUCGCAAACUUAAACAAACUUAUUUUCUGUGUGACGUUUUUUCAUCGCGUUUGUCCUUGAUUCAAAUGGGUAAACAUUCAAUAUUGCGUUAGCCCUCUCUUAAGCAAACGUCAAUAAAGGUUAUACUAAUUAUAUAUUUAUAAUUAAUUAUUUCUGUUAGCCACGAUAUUGAUAUCGACUGAACCUAGCUUCACUACUUUUUCUAUUGCCUACCGGUCAUAGUUCGUCAUUAAUUGUCAUAGAGAUUACCAGAUUAAUUAAAUAGAAUGCUUCGUAAUAAUUAUAAAAAUUUAAAAAAAUAACUCCAGACUGAAAUAUGGUGCGUAAUGGUCUGUAAUUUGACGAGGUUCUUCAUACAGGAGAUGAAUAAUCACCCGGUCGGCGCGAGACUGAUGGCUAAAAGUAAGAGGUGAAGUGCAACAAAAUAAUGUUCACUAGGGUAACCACAAAUAUAUGAAUAAAAGUAGUGUCGAAUGAAUUUGGUGUCGAGGUUUUAGAAGGGGUGUAGAUGGGAAAGGGAAGUUUGGUAUCUAUCAAAGGCAGGGCGUUUAUAGAAUUGGGUUCUUAGGAACUGGCUUACUGGUUAGCUAAUUUGCAGUUUAGCACUUUUUCUACUGAUCCUGAAGACAUGAAAAGACAAAUUAGCUCCUGCUUGUUUACGACAAUAUAAUGUGUGUAACAAAGUUACACAUAUUAUGUUGAAUAUUAUAUUUACAUCUCUAAAACUUCAAAUUCUUAACAAAACCUACCCUAUUACCACAACAAUAUCUAGAGGUUUUUGAAAUGCCAUAGUCAACACCCAAAUAUACUGUAUUUGGGUACCGUUGUGGUCGGAUAUACCCCCAAACAUUACAUUUUGUUACAGCGGUGAAUAAACGUUUUCUUGUCACCCGUUGGCAUGGUUACGGUCACCUGGGUCACUCUUCUUAAAACUCUGGUUUAAAAGUACAUAUUUUAAAAUAACGAAACAUACAUUUUCUUCUAACAAACUAUGCUACUAUUGUCGCCUUGCUGACGGGACAUAAUUACAACAAAAAAAGUUGAUACACUCAGAAUUUACAUUUGCGGACUCAUUUCGCAAAAAAUGGUUCGUUUGGUGAUAUGAUGAGAUAUAAUAAUCUAGUCAUAUAUAGGGAUCCGAACAAAUACAUAUAUCAUGUCGCAAUGUCCAUGAUGCACUCGCAGCCCUAGGGCUCCGCCGCCGUUGCGUCAGCGCGUCACGACGCUAACUAGUGAGGAUGGCACAGAUCACAUGCGCUCCAUCACGGAUUUCGAUACCGUUUGUAAUUGAUGGCACCGGCCCACUGACGUGAUCAUUUGCUUUAUUCGAGACCUGAAUAUAGUUUAAGUCUAAUCGUGGUAGCUUAGACUAAAGAGUGUUCACGAUAAAACCUGAACAUGCAUGCUCAUUAUAGUAUGUUUUCUUUUACGGGCUAAUUUUGAGGACACACUUUUCUAAAUGAAAAAUUAAAAUAACACCACGAUUUUGUUACUUACACAUUUUAUUUAGCUUCACUGCGUAUACAAUGUGUUGCACUAGCUACUGAAAUUUCACUGGGUACACGUUGUAUAGGUCAUACUAAGCAACUUUUACUAUGGGACCAACCCCGAAAUCGCGAAAAAAAUUUGAUACUCAUACAUUUUGUCUGGCUGAUGUUGAUAUCUAUUCUUGCAAGGGAGAGUAAUUUUUUUUUAUCGCGAUUUUGGGGUUGGUCUCAUAGUAAAAAUUGCUCAGUAUGACCUGUACAACGUGUUCCUACCCCAUUUUCAGUGACUGGUGUAACACGUUGUAUGUCUUCUAUUUUCGUAUCUUAUAACUAAAAUUUGAAUCACUUCCUGGUAUCUGAUAUAGUUGAAAUAUGGAGUACUACCAUAAUUCCGAUGACAAUACAAUAAGACGACCUGUGUGGCCUAGUGGGUAGUAAGUAGUAAGUGGGUCUUCCUAAAGUGUGUGUUAUAUGUAUUAUACCUAUAUAUCGUUGUAUAUAAGGUAAAGUAAGGUACCUAUAUUUGACAUUUUAUGUAAGUUAUCAACCCAUUAGUUUUGGGUGUGUCGCGUUAAAAAGUGUGUAAGAGUGGAUCAACGAAUUGAACUAAUCCAAUUUACGUACUUAACUUAUAUUAAACUCUAUUACUUAUCAGUUUCUAAUGCUCUCACCAUAUCUCACCAGCCAUAGCGCGGCUAAAAAGCGCACCUAUUUAUGUUGUGUUCGUGAAAAGCCAUUGUUUGACUACCGUGAAAGUAGUUGAAGGUAACCCUUUAAAGCUGUGAGCGGUGCAACUUUGCAUUACUACGCUGAGCAAGUAAAAGUGGAACUAGAUUCAAAUAAGAUACACACUUCUAUGAAAACACCACCGCCUCUAACCCAUCUUCUCAACUUCUCAUCCUCCUCCUUUCCGGUUGCUCCUAAUACGAACUGCCUGUGGGCUCGCACAAAUAUAGUGGUGUCACAAGCGCGUUGUCGGUCCUACAAUAUAAGUAAGUCAUUCAUUUACGAAUGUAACACCGCUGUAGACUGUAAUUAUUUAAUAUUCUGGUCCUUUCUGCACAGAUAUAUUAGAUAUACACGUAUAUUUAUUAGUAUUAGCGCGAACAAGGACUCCCACGGCGCAGGCGCCGCGGCCAUAGUCAGAUGCACGAAAUUAAACGCGACACGAGCGCGUGAGGCUCUUGCAUUACCACUGAUAUCACGCUCGCCGGCCGAACUAUAUAAGCUCCGGUCCUGAUCGUCAAACUUAUUCCUAAGCUAAAUCUUAUUAAAGUAACAUCUCCAAUUAAUUCAUAUAUUACAUAAGAAUAAUAUUAGAUAUAUUCAUGAAAUCGCUACAAUAGUCAACGAUGAUUUUAUGGGUUAUUUGGCUUAGCGCCCUUGCAUUGUCAACGACUAAAUGCGAGCCUCCAGUAAACAGCUACCUCCCGCCAUCUUCCGGUGGUAAUGGCCGACCAUCUCCAGAGUAUGGGCCUCCCGGAGCUAACAACGGAGGCCGUGGUAAUUCCCAAGAUCCUGGUGGUUUCGGAGGUCCUGGAGGCCGCCCGGAUUCUGGAAGACCAGGAAGCCAAAAUCAGCCUAGCGACUCUUACUCGCCCCCAGGGCAAUUUCCAUCGAAUAAAUUAGACACACAGUACGGACCACCUUCAGCACAAGGUCAGGGUCGUAGUGGACCUGGCUCUCCUCAAGGUGGUUCUGGAGGUAGCCCACAAGGUGGGUUUGGAGGUAGCCCACAAGAUGGUUUUGGAGGAAGACCAUCUUCUCAAAGUGGUUUCGGAGGGUCAUCGAAUAAUUUAGAUACGCAGUAUGGACCACCUUCAGCACAAGGCCAAGAUCGUGGUGGACCUGGCUCAUCUCGAGGCGGAGGAGGCCCUCAGGGUGGUUUUGGAGGAAGGCCAUCGCAAGGAGGAUUUAGUUCCCGGCCACAACAAGGACAAGGAAGCUUCAACAUUCCGAGUGCUGAAUACGGUGCCCCGGAGCAGGGGCCCGGUUCUUUUAGCAGGCAAAGAGGUCAACCACCGCAGCAAGGACAAGGGGGGUUUAACACCCCGAGUGAUGAAUAUGGUGCUCCCGGGCAGGGCGUUGAUUCGUUUGGACAACCAGGAGGAUCACCUUCAAGUGCAGGAGGAAGGCCUGGAGGUGGUGGACGACCACAAACAAGCUACGAUGCUCCAAAUCAGGGAUUAGGUCAGUCAUCUGGAGGUGGGAGGGCUGGAGGACGCGGCGGUCAAGGAGACCAAAGCCAACGGCCCGAUAGUUCGUACGGCCCACCUGCUAGUAGUGGAUUCCAACAAUCGAAUAACCAGUUCGGUGCUGGAGGUUCACAAAGAGCACCGGAAUCUUCUUACAGAGCUCCGAACGCUAACGGACCGCAGGGUGGAUUCGGAGGUCAGCAGUCUGGUGCACCCUCCUCGUCGUAUGGGGCGCCUGGCUUCGGCGCUGGUGGUAGUGGAGGUGGUGGUCGAGGUGGUUCUGGCAACGGCGGGUCUGACUUUGGCGAUAACGGAUCUGAUGAGCCCGCUAAAUACGAGUAUAACUAUGAAGUGGACGAUGCCCAGACAGGUACUAAAUUUGGUCAUUCAGAACAACGCGACGGCGACGUCGCCACCGGGGAGUAUAACGUAGUACUGCCCGACGGCAGAAAGCAGGUCGUGGAGUACGAGGCGGGCCUGCAGGGAUACAAGCCUAUGAUCCGAUACGAGGGUGGAGCAGCCGGCGGCGGAGCCGGAUUUGGCGCGGGCGGAGGUUCCGGCGGUGGAGCUCAAGGCUACCCACGCGGCGGCCCAAGCGACGGUGGCCGCGGGUUCUCUGGUGAGAACGAUAUUGGCUAUCCGCAGGGCGGACGUAGCCAAGGAAAUUCUGGGUUUGAACCACAAGGCAGCCAAGGUGGCUCCCAGGGCUACGAUGACCAGGGAGGCCAAGCAGGAUAUCCAAGAGGAGGACCUGGAGGCGGUAGAGGCCAACAACUUUCCGAAGAUCUUAGGGUCCCUCAGAGGCAACAGAACGGUCAGGGGAAUGCUGGGUACCCGUCCGGUGGCCCCGGGACGAACGGGUUGGAAGGCUUGAAUGGCGAUAGUGGUUACCCUAGCGGUAGACCUCAGGGCGGUAGAGGAUUUCCCAGUGGCGGGCAGUCGGGAGAUGAAGGAUACCCCAGCGGUGGUCCGAGCGGCAGAGGACAGGGGGGCUUCGGCUCUCCGGAUAGACUCACUGCUGAUAACGGAUAUCCAAGAGGUGGCAGCCAAGGAAACAGGGGACCAGGGGGUCGAGGCGGAGACGAAGGAUACCCCAGCGGUGCCCCUAACGGUCCAAGGGGCUCUGGAUAUUAAGAAAUACUAUAAAAACAUAUUAUGUACAUUACGCUUUCAUAACGUCAA